AUGCUCUCUAAAGCUGGAAAGGAGGUGUUGAUAAAGGCAGUGGCUCAAUCUAUUCCCACAUACUCCAUGGGGGUAUUUCAAUUACCCAAGAAGCUUUGUGAGGAACUUGAUGCAAUGUGCGUGAAAUUCUGGUGGGGACAGGUAGGGGAGGAGUGGAAAAUCCAUUGGAAGAGUUGGAACAAGCUGACCGAAGCUAAGAAGGUAGAAGGGAUGGGUUUUCAGGAUCUAGCCCCUUUCAAUCUAGCCAUGUUGGCAAAGCAGGGAUGGAGGCUAAUACAGCAGCAAGAUUCUUUGAUGUUCAAAUGCUUCAAAGCCAGUUGCAAAGGAUGUUUGGGUGGGCAGUUUGGUUCGGUUGCAGAAAAGGAGUUCAAACCAUCAAGAUGUACUUCAGUUAUUCCAUGA